UUUCUCUAGGUGGGAAAAAAGAAAAGCAAAAACCUGUAUCUUUGCAUGAUUGUGGCUAAAUCCAUCCAGUUGAUAGAGGGGGAGAUAUAAAUAUGUUGGCAAAGAAGGCCAAAUCAGAGAUAAGACUAUUUAUUGCCUAUUUAUGUAAUUACAUGUGUCACUAAGGACAAAGGUCCUUGAAACAAAGACGAAGGCAGAGUAGACACACUUCCUGAUAAUCAGAUAGAUGGAUUUGCUACCACUUCCCUUUUCAUGAAUUUUUUUUUCUGUAUGGUUUGCCGAUCCUGGUUUUAAAAUCAUUAUGAAAACUUAACUAUCUUUCUGGGUACAAUUAGAUGGCUGAAGAUGUGCUCCACUCCAAUAAAAAGAAAAUGAAGACUUUUCAAGAGCAUUCAUAGGCUUCAAGUCAGGAGGACCGCACACACCUCCUGGGGUCUGAUAGCCCUUGCGCUGUGAGGAGGUAUCCCUGGGCCCACAGCACCAUGGACGUGGUAGGCGAAAAUGAGGCCCUGCAGCAGUUCUUCGAAGCUCAGGGGACUGAUGGCCCUCUGGGGAAUCCGGCCCUGGAUACGAGUCUGCUGGAGGAGUUACUGGGCAAUGAUUUCGAUCUGGGGACCUUGCAACGCCAGCUCCCAGACACCCCACCUGAUUCUGCAUCAGACUCCUGCUCUCCUCCACAGGUCAAAGGUGCAUGUUGUCCGCCCCCGAGACCUACAGAUGUGAGGACUCCAGAUCCUUCUCUCCACACCACAGCCACACCUGGGAUGCGACCUGCGCACCUGUUCCAGAGCUCGCCUGAAAUGAGUGACUUUGGCCGUAUCCACUGUGGCUUUCACAACUGCUACCCAGACACCAGUCAUCUGAACCAAUCCAUGCCCUCCCAUCUGGGAAUAAGCCAUUCUUACCAUCAGCAGCCUCUAUGCCACAGCCCUGGAGCCUCAUGGCCACCAUCCAAGAAGAGAAAGUGCACGCAGGGGCUGGAGGACUCCAGGAACUCUCAAGUGUGGACCCACCGCUCCAGACCAAUGUCAAGUAGGAAUCACAACAGUGAAGUGCAGGACCAUGAUAGUGAGGGACAGAAUGUGAUGCUUGCGGACCAGUGCCCUCCUCCUCUGAAGUGGCAGCCCUACCAGAGUCUUCCUUGGCAUAGUUUAUUCAACGGUCAUUACGAAAAACUACCUGAUAUAGGCUACCGAGUUGUCACAGAUAAGGGAUUUAAUUUUUCACCAGCAGAUGAAGCUUUUGUUUGCCAAAAGAAGAACCAUUUUCAGAUAACCGUCCAUAUCCAAGUUUGGGGAAGUCCAAAAUUUAUCAAAACCCACAUGGGCCUAAAGCCAAUAGAGAUGUUUUACUUGAAAGCUUUUGGGAUUAAGGUAGAAGCCACCAAUCAAAUAAUUGCUAUUGAACAGUCCCAAGCAGAUAGAAGCAAAAAGAUUUUCAAUCCUGUUAAAAUCGACCUGCUGGCCAACCAGGCCUCCAAAGUAACUCUGGGCCGGUUACACUUCAGCGAAACCACUGCCAAUAACAUGAGGAAGAAGGGAAAACCGAAUCCUGAGCAGAGGUACUUCAUGUUGGUGGUUGGACUGUAUGCUGCUGUGCAAGACCAGUUCCACCUGUUGGCUGCCCACAUCUCUGAACGGAUCAUCGUGAGGGCCUCUAACCCUGGGCAGUUUGAGAAUGACAGUGAUGCAUUAUGGCAGCGAGGCCAAGUCCCAGACGCUGUUGUCUGUCAUGGUCGAGUGGGAAUAAACACAGAGGCACCGGAUGAAGCUCUGGUUGUCUGUGGCAACAUGAAAGUGAUGGGGACAAUUAUGCAUCCCUCUGACAGCCGGGCAAAGGAGAACAUCCAGGAGGUUGACACAAAUGAACAGCUGAGAAGAAUAGCCCAGAUGAGGAUCGUUGAAUAUGACUACAAGCCCGAGUUCGCAUCUGUGAUGGGCAUAAACACUGCCCAUCAGACAGGCAUGAUUGCCCAGGAGGUUCGAGAGGUCCUGCCUAGAGCCGUGAGAGAGGCCGGAGACGUCACGUGUGAAAACGGAGAGACGCUGGAGAGCUUCCUCAUGGUCGAUAAGGACCAGAUUUUUAUGGAAAAUGUAGGUGCAGUGAAGCAGCUCUGCAAAUUAACCAACAACCUUGAAGAAAGAAUAGAAGAGUUAGAAAUAUGGAACAGAAAGCUGGCCAGGCUAAAGCGGCUCAGCAGUUUGAAGUCCUCUGCCAGUGAAACAAGUUCAACCAGCAAAUUUAGCAGAGCUCUUAGUGCAUCUUCUCCAAAAAAGGACAUUCCCCAAAAAAGCAACAAGGUUUAUUUUUCAGGAAGAAAACGACUGUGUCCUAACUGGGUUUUCCAGACUCUGGUUAUAACUCUCAUUGCUGUGAUGGCAUUUUGUGCCUUGACGAUAGUCUCCCUUUACAUACUUAGCUUAAAAGGUCAAGACCAACGUGCCCCAAAUCUCUCUCUGAGCAAUGUCACAUGCUCUCGGGAGCCCCCGACCACAGCCUCCCCCUCAGCAUCUAAUAUGUCCCAGGCAACCACGCAGCCCUCCUUCCAAGUACCAGAAAUCACCUUCUGUGAGAUCCUGCCGUGUCAGGAGAUUCACUGCUGCCCCAUCUGGGGAAAGAGAGGAGUCCUCUCAAGUCCUGGGCAACGGCCGUUGGGGGAGCAGGAAGUGCAUCAGAGGCCAUGGGCAGAAGAAGGAAGCCCAUCCUUCCUGGUGAGAGAUGUGCUGUCCAGCCCAGACUGGGGGAGCGACUGGAUUGAUACAACCAUCAGUUCUAUUCAGAUUAUGGAAAUCCAGCAAAUAAUAGAUCGUCGGUAUUGCAGUAGAAGCCUCCAGUGCAGGUCUGGAAAUUACAAUUACAAUAUUCCUGUUAAUAAGCACACACCCACCAAUGUCAAAUUCUCUCUGGAAAUCAACACAACAGAACCAUUGAUAGUCUUCCAGUGCAAAUUCACCCUUGGAAAUAUAUGUUUCCAUAGCAAAAGGGAAGCCAAAUGGAUGCAAAGCCAUGGAGAAGUCUCCCAGGAGAUGACGCAGGGAUACCAGCACAUUUGGAGCCUCCCUGUCGCCCCAUUCUUUGAUAGUGCAUACCACUUCCGUGUAGCUGCACCGGACUUAGCGGACUGUUCAACGGACCCUUAUUUUGCUGGAAUAUUCUUCACAGAUUACUCCUUCUACUUCCAUCGGCACUGUGUUUAACUCAUUCAAGUUUGGGUGGGGGAUUUACCAGAGAAACAUACCAAGAAAUACGCUUGAUGGAAACUUUCUUCCUCUUGCAACUUCUUUCUUCUUUUUGUGAAUAAAAUAUUCACAUUUUUUGGCAAAGGACUUUUUCAGGCUUUGGAUCCAACAGUUUUGAGACAUUAAUGAGGAGAAUAAAGUGUCUGCUGGAACUUGAGAUAAUGUGGUAUUUGGUGUUGUCAUAACUGUGAAGAAAACAUUUCCUGGAGUACACAGCACUAUUGGAUUUGAAAAUACUGCUUCUGCUACUAAGGAAGUUGUGAGGUCAAAGUGGGCAGGUCCAACAUAACUUUGUCUUCAUGUAUUGCAAAGCUUUUGAAAAAAGCAAAAAGGCCCAGUUCAGGGAUGUCAGCUGGGACCUACCAUAGACUCUGGGGAGUGUGUGAUACGACAUGUGCUUGUGGGCCAGGGUAGGUGGGUCUGAUGCUGAGCUCACAUCUAGACAAACUGUUACAAUGUACUUGCAGGAGUGUGUGUGUGCACAUGUGUGCACGCAUUGUACAUGCAUUGCACUAUAAAAUGUAGCUUGCUAGUGAAUUGGAUUUAAAAGAAACAGAGCAAUUCUACUUUGGAAUAUUUGAUGGACACUAAACUAAAUGUUCUGUGCCCUCUUGUGAAGCACUAGCUUGUGGCAGUCUUUUAACCCAGACAGUCUAGGCCCAGAGAGUUGAUCUUUCCAUUGUCAUUGCUUUUUUCAUUUUUUGCUGUUUUGUUUUUCCUCUCUAUUACAGGGCUUUAAGACCUGUCUCCAUAGUUUAUAGCUGAAUGAGCUUUGGGUACUUCUGCCUGGCUUUGGGGUAGAUUUAUGUGCUUUUCCCAACUUAGAAUGGCCAGAAAUCCUCUAGCUGGAACAUAGCAACCAUGUCUUCUAUUUUUUGCAUUCUGAUGUUUUGACAUCUUAGAGUCUCGCUGGUGCUAGUGGGACUACCCGCCAGGGUUAGCCAGUUCCUAGAGACAGUAAACUUGCCCACAAGCUUCAAAUUGUUGGUUUCAAAUACAAGCCAAUCAAUCCAAAUCCUGUACCAAACCACCUUCUUUGUUAGAUUCUCAUGCACCCUCUGCCCUAAUCACCCCAGGGUCAGGUACCGACAGCCAGGCCCCAGUA